UGUGUCUCUUAUGGAAUGCUUUGAUCAGCCGUUCAAGAAGUGAAGGCAAUAACAGAUGGUGCAGUUUUCAAAGCUUGAGACCCUGUGGAAACCACUGAGCCCUCAAGCUUCAAGAUCUUGCAAGGACAAGUACAAGUGUGUGUUUUUUCCCCGAAGGAAUGCAAGACCUUCUCUUGUGACGCAUGUUGUGGCCAACAACUGUACAGAGGACCAAAUGGCAAUGCUCGCUCCUGCCGCUUCGGAUUAGAGUAUACGCAACCAGUUUGGACCCAGAGUACAUCUUCAAACAGAUUCAACAAGUAUAUGUAUCUUUUGGAUCCUACAAGUGGGCCGAAAGGAAAUCCUUCUUUGAUCUUGACUACAGUCACAGCAGGACUGAAGUGGAGCAUGUGAUUCAGGAAAGGUAGCCCUAGGCUACCCUCAUGAUUCUGGCGGCUUUGCGUCCAUAAAUUUGUUUGGUUCCCUUUAUUCUCUUCCACCUUCAGCGUGCCCAGACUUGUUUUGCGAAUCUUUUCUGGUGAAGGUGACAGGAGAGGGAAUCACCGUGCUUCGAAGAGGAAGAUGACGGACACUUGCACCAUACAUUAUUUAGACACUUACGCAAAUCCUUACACAUAUCACACACGCACUGCACCUGCACACAAGCAGAGGCACAUGUUCUGCUUUGUGAACUGUUUACAACCAAUUCUAAAAGAUAUCCCCUCCUCCUGGCACACCCACGGACUCUUUCCCCAGUCCCUCAUGUAGUGUGCGUCUUUGCAUCCAAGCAAUGCCUGCACUGGAAUUUGCGUGAUGUUCAGCAGGUGGAUGUAUGCACAUAGUACCGCGCUUGCGCCAGAUUUGCAAUGGUCGGGGAAUGUCACCCAAACCGGCGCGAGAGCAGCUCGGAGGGAAGGAGCCCUUGCAACCGGCAGAAGAGCCUACAACCUUGGCGUCCUCCAUGCAGCCUAUUUUUGAAGGAGGAACCGGUCUGCGAGCACUGUCCGCAGAGGACAAGGCCAGGAUCGGCAAACUCAUCAAGGUGUUGGCCAAAGAAAGGCGUGACAAGGAAGAGCUGCGGGAACAACUUGGACACCAGGCUUGCAGAGUGCAGGACCUUGAAAGAGAGCGUGAAGUUAGCCAGAAGAAAGAGGCUGAACUUGUAGCACGCGUGGCACGCUCCCUCGACCUUUUGCGAACUUACCAGUUGGAAGCUUCCGGCCGGAGACCAGGGCAAGGCGAUCAAAUGUUCAUGGAUAGCGAGGAUGAUUCAAAGGAUCAGGCGGUGAGGACGUCACCGGAGCUUCCUCCUCUACCACAGCUUGGCUUUUUGAAACCUCAGGUCCUUCAAGGAAGCAAUCUCCUCGGGACAUUUUGCAGAGUGCGCAGCUUUGCAGCCACCUCCCCUCUCUGUUCCUACAAUUCCCUGAUGCUCGGCGCGUUGGUGGUGCAGGUGGCAGAAAGUGAGGGCCCUCCCUGCAACGCACUGCAAACUGCAGAUCCUUUGCCAUCCGAAGCUGUACACAGUGCCAGGCAACCUGCAAAUCCUCAGUUGGUUUUCGCACUGAAGCCUCCACAACUAUCGCUUCUUCAGCGUUAUCUUUCCAUUCAGGAUGGAGAAGCUGUGCAACAAGAUGCCAAGAGCCCACGGCAGCUGCAAGUUCGUGCGGAGAGGUCGCAUGCGAGCAGCGCCAAUGCUGCUGUCCAAACAGCAGUAGUGAACUCUUUCAAAAAGCGUUCAGAAGCAAGGAGUCUUUCACCACCAACAGCGCCAGUCAAGGAUUCCCUUCAAAGUUCAUCCUGCCGUAGACUCCAGGCAAGUCCUGGGUACGCAUCCAAAGUCGGGGAACCCCAGAGACUUCGCUUGGGAAGAUGGACACGGACUCAGCCACAGGCGGAACCACUAACACCUCCGCAGAGGGCCAGGCGGAGUUUUUCAAAAACCCGCAGUAUGUCUUCUGAGCGUUUGACGAGGACUUUCGAUGUGCCCUCGGAGCCUUUGCUGGGCUCACCUCUUCCAACUGCAAGCUCAGCAAGGCAGAUAAGGAACAGCCGAGGACCAUUGGAGAGUCUGAUCCAUUGGCCCCUUCGACUGGACAGUUACUACGCUCCACAUAUGUUUGACGUCAUUGACUCGCUGGAAUCCUCCGGUGGGGGAGAGACAUCUUCCGCACCUCCGUCAAUAUCAGAGGAGCUGCGGCGCUUGCAGCAAGAGCUCGUUUCCAUCGAGAAGAAGGUAUCUCAAGGCCCAACAGCGGGCUCAGUGCGGGGCCGCGUGGUCAAAGAACAGGCUCGGGGCGAGCCAUUUGACCCCGAUUGGCGUCCAUUGGAGACUCUGCACAACAUCAGCUUCAACUGCCUGGGAGAGACUCCAGGUCUUGCAGACAGCCCGCUAGAGGAGUCCCAGGAGUUGUCCGAGAUUGAUGAUGUUCUGCAGCUGCUUCGACACGUGAAACCCACAUGACCAACGGCCAAUGCCAGAAGUCUUCUUCGGACCCAAAGGAGCCCCGUCGGGGCCAACGUUCAGCCAAUGCCAGCGAGGCACUUUGGCGCACAUGGAAGAAUGGAAGAAGCUGGGCUUCAGCAGUCCAGUUGAAGCCCUCGCCUUCAGUGCCAAAGCAGCACCGAAGGUUUGCAGCGAAGUGAACAGAUCACACGCCAUUGUCAGCUGCAGUGUGUGAAGAAAAGCAUUGAAAGAACUGCUUGAAUUACGGAGGUGCUAGUGCUAGCUGUCAACAACUCACCAUUGUGCUAAGCGCUAUUCAGAAGGGAGAUGGGCUUGAAAGGAAUCAUCAAGCCGCGAAGCAGAGAUUGAGAAGCUCGACGAACGGUUUGGUAUGAAAAAGGUAUCACGAAGAGGGCAACUUCUUGCAACCUGGGAGGUCGACGGCAAGAGCUGUUUUGAGGGGGCUGGUCAACCACAUUUGGUGCAUGAGACUCUUUAGAGCUAGUAUGACUGUGUCGGCAAGGCACAGCCGGCAGACGCUGGCAUUGGACGAAAAGAUAUUUGGGCCUGAUCGUGACAUCGUGCUUUCAUUUCAAGGGUUGGGCCCCCUGCAAUUGGCUGCCAUCUAUC